AAAACCCUCUACCAUUCCCAUCCUCCUGCUCUGAAGUUGAACACACCACUUCUGUCGAUUUGGGCGUCUCCUUGAACCAAGACAGAAUAUGCAGAGGCCUCCACCAGAAGACUUUUUGUUGAAGGAGACCAAUCCCCAUCUCGGAGGGGGAAAGGUAACCGGUGACAAGCACAAAAGCGCCUAUGACCUCGUUCAACAUAUGCCGUAUCUCUAUGUACGCGUUGUCAAGGCCAGGGACUUGCCCGAAAAAGAUGUCAGCCGUACUUGUGAUCCUUACGUGGAGGUAAACCUUGGAAACUGCAAGGGUUCAACUCCGGAUCUUAAGAAGAAGUCGGAUCGUAAGUGGAACCAGGUGUUUGCUUUCUCGAAAGAGCGGCUUCAGUCUUCGGAGCUUCAGGUUACUGUGAAGGAUAAGAAUUUUCUAGAGGAUGAUUUCAUCGGUCGAGUUUUGUUUGAUCUGAAUAAGGUUCCGAGUCGGGUUCCUCCGGAUAGUCCAGUGGCGCCUAAGUGGUAUGACAUGGUAGAUAAGAACGGGGAGAAGGCUAAGGGCGAGCUGAAGUUGGCUCUUUGGACGGGUACACAAGCCGAUGAAGCAUUUCCUGAAGCAUGGAAAUCAGAGGCAGCUGGAUUUGGGGAAAGUUACUGUCUUGCUAGCAUGCGUUCAAAGGUAUACCUGCAUCCUAAACUUUGGUACUUGAGGGUCAGUGUAAUUGAAGCUCAGGACCUGCAACUGAGCGAUGAGGGUUGGUUCCCGGUAUUUUUUGUGAGGGCUACCCUUGGAAAUCAGCAGAUGAUAACCAGUGUUUCUCAAAGCAGGACUAUUAAUCCUAAAUGGAACGAGGAUUUAAUGUUUGUAGCAGCGGAACCAUUUGAGGAUCAGGACUUGAUUUUGAGUGUAGAAAACAGAGUUGCAAUUAAGAACGAUGAAGUUGUGGGGAAGUGUACAAUUCCCUUGCAGAGUAUUGAUAGGAGGUUGGAUAAUAAACCUGUGAACCCUGAGUGGAAUAAUCUUCAAAAGAAUGUCAUUGCUGGAGAGGAACAAAAGGAAACCAUAUUUUCCAGCAGGAUUCAUAUAAUGAUCUGCUUGGAAGGUGGCUAUCACGUCCUGGACGACUCACCGCAGUAUAUGAGUGACCUUCGCCCGGCAGCAAAACAGUUGUGGAAGCCCAGCAUUGGGGUACUGGAACUUGGGAUUCUAUAUGCUCGGGGGCUGAUGCCAAUGAAGGCAAAAGAUGGGCGCGGAACGACUGACGCUUAUUGUGUGGCAAAAUAUGGUCACAAGUGGGUCAGGACAAGGACGAUCAUCGAUAGCUUCACACCCAGGUGGAAUGAGCAAUAUACGUGGGAGGUAUGCGAUCCUUGUACAGUCAUAACAAUUGGAGUGUUUGAUAACCGUGACUUGCAUGGUGGAGAUAAGGCUGGAGGCGCCAAUGAUUCAAGAAUUGGGAAGUUAAGGAUUCGUCUCUCCAACCUUGAAAUGGAUCGGGUUUAUUCACAAUCAUAUCCUCUUUUUGUUCUACACCCCAGUGGGGUGAAGAAGAUGGGUGAAAUUCAUUUGGUUGUGAGGUUCACUUGCUUCUCUUUGCUUAGUAUGAUGCACAUGUACUCGCAUCCACUUUUGCCGACAAUGCACUAUCUUCAUCCAUUAACCGUUAGCCAGCUUGAUAAAUUGAGACAUCAGGCAACUCAAAUCGUAUCGAUGAGGUUGAGCCGGGCUGAGCCACCGCUGAGGAAAGAGGUGGUUGAGUAUAUGUUGGAUGUUGACUGGAACAAGUGGAGUUUGAGAAAGAGCAAAGCAAACUUUUUCAGGCUUAUGGCAGCUUAUGGUUGGUUAAUAGCUGUGGGAAAAUGGUUUGAUCCGAUUUGCUACUGGAAAAACCCCAUCAUAACUUUAUUGAUUCACGUGUUGUUUAUUGUAUUGGUCAGGUACCCUGAGGACAUCCUUUCCAUAAUUUUCCUCUGCACUUUCUUGAUUGUGGUUUGGCGUUAUAGGUGGAGGCCAAGCCAUCUAGCUCAUAUGGAUAUUCGCCUUUCUCGUGCCGACUCUGCACAUCCCGAUGAACUUCACGAAGAACUUGAUACAUUUCCCUCCUCCCAGCCUUCCGAAAUUGUAAGGAUGAGAUAUGAUCGGUUGAGAUCUAUUGCUGGGAGGAUCCAGACUGUCGUUGGUGACUUAGCUACUCAAGCAGAGAAGCUACAAUCUCUACUAAGCUGGCGAGAUCCAAGAGCAACAGCUCUGUUUGUAAUUUUAUGUCCGGUUGGUGCUAUUAUUCUCUUCGUUAUACCAUUCCAAGUUGUGGCCCUUCUCGCCGGAUUUUAUCUGUUGAGACAUCCAAGGUUUCGGAAAAAGCUUCCUUCAGUCCUAACGAAUUUUUUCAAGAGGUUGCCGGCCCACACUGAUUGCAUGUUGUGAGCAAACGUCCAAAUUAUUUAUGCAAUCGCUUUCGAGUGGAAUGGCAAUGAGUUACCCCUCUCUGGUUUUAUGUUAGUGCAGAGAAGAUGAAGAAACAGAUGAGCUUAUCUGCUAAUUUCUUUGUUUGGAGGUUGAUGUCGAGAUCUGUGUAACCUGUCUUGAAGGUAGUAGAUUUGUUAAUUUGCAUUUUAAGCGAUGCCAUCAUUUAGUAUAGGCUUGACUUCAUGGUAAUCACCUUUGUUCAUCUCGAAGUUUUUAGGUUUUGAGUUUGCAUUAAAGAUAUUAAUGUUGUUGUUUUUGGAA